GACCAAGGGCCAGGUUUGUCUGUGGCUUGUGGAGGGACUGUGCUGACUAUACAGCCUCUAAUAGGGUCAGUGGAAGAUGUCAUGCCAGAGUCAGCCAAGUCUCCUCCAUAAGUACAUGGGCAUCUUCUUCUCUACCAUGUCUUCAGAAGAACUCCUUGGUUCCUUGGACUCUUUUGAUGCUAGAGAAGAUGACAUAUUUCUGGUUUCCUACCCAAAAUCUGGCACCCAUUGGCUGGCAGAAGUCAUUGAGCGCAUUCCCGACGCUGGCAUCACACUCACUUCUCCUAUUGAAUUGGGAGACAUUUCUAAAUUUGAAGAGCUGAAAAGGAUACCUAAGAGAAGAGCUAUCCCGACACAUCUGAACUAUGAAAUGCUUCCUGUGACUGUGAAACAGAAGCAGUGCAAGAUUAUCUACAUCGUCAGAAAUCCGAAGGAUACAGCCGUCUCCAUGUUCCACUACUACAGGGACAACCCCAAUCUCCCUUCCACGGAAACAUGGGCUGCGUUUUUAGAGCUGUUCCUCAAAGGAGAUGUUGUGUAUGGUUCCUGGUUUGAUCACGUUUUGAGUUGGGAAGAACACAAAAACGAUAAAAAUGUCCUAUUCAUCUUCUAUGAAGAAAUGAAAAAAGAUUUUGUUAAGAGCCUAAAGAAAAUAACUGCUUUCCUCGGCAUCGACGUGAAUGACAGCGAGAUGGCUAAGAUCGCUCGGAGUACGUCAUUCAGUGAAAUGAAAAGUAAUGCGGCCAAAGAAAAUUGUGAUCCCAAUCACGUCAUCUGUGCCCUCACGUCCGACAGGAACCUGGUGUUCAGAAAAGGAGUGGUGGGUGAUUGGAUAAACUACUUCACUCCGAAGCAGAACAGGGUCUUUGAUGAACUAUUCACGGAGAAGAUGAGAAACAGUGACGUGGGCAGAUGCUUGAAGGAGUAUGCGCAUUCGCAGAAUGCGUGAUGGAGUACGCGCAAUCGCAGAUGCAUGAAGGAGUACGCGCAAUCAGAUGGGAUGUGAAGUGGAUUUCGUUCUCUGCCGCGUGGCGCCUGGGAAACAUGUAAAUAUGCUUUAUUGAUGUGGAAAGCAGAUAGUUCUUUCCGUGAAAAAGACGUACUUCAAAAAUGUGUCAAAAGCGGCACUCACGAGACUCUAUUCUCAUCGUAUUUGGUGACAGCAGAAUUAUUAAUAAAGGGGGGGGGCAUAAAAUUCUCCAGUCGUUGAACUCUGUUCAGUCCAUUUUCAGCGAGUUCUGCUGGUUCCUAUGCAGAAAGAGCGGUUAUUGCAAAUCCUCCAUCAGCUGCUCAGACGUGGAAAGGACGAGAGGGAUUAAGUCACAUACCUGAGAAAAUUUUAUUUUCUGCCUAUUUAGUCAAUCAUGGCCUGUAUCUUAACGUUUUGAUUUCAAUAUUUCUAAGUGUCUGUGAGAAAUACUUUUCGAAACCACAAUAACAACAGAUACUAUCUUCUCAAGCGGGAGAAACCCAAU